UGUGAGUCGAGGCAGCGAGAGUGGGUGGGAGGACUUGGACUGAGCCCUGUCGCUUGGAGGCACCUGGGCGUAGCUCAGCCAAAAGGGAGACGAGCCGGUUCCUGGAGCAGAUGUUUGCCUCGCCUGCGCACCACACUUAUAAGCCAGGCUCCCGGGUUCUUCCCGAAGCUUUUUCCGGCUUCUCUUCGCCCCGAUCUCCCGAGGGUCCAAACGUGGGCAAGAUGGAACAAGCGGGGAUCUUCUCCUCCAAGCCGGCCGAACCAGUUAUCUACAAAGUCAAAGUGACGACUGGGCAAGGUCUCCUAACUGGGACCUUUGACUCCAUUUCCAUCACCUUGGUGGGGACCAACGGAGAGAGCGCCAAGCAGCUUCUGAACCGGGUCGGAACCAGUUGUGCCAAGGGAUCGGUGGAGGAGCACGAAGUCUUUUGUGACCACGACCUGGGCCCGAUCCUGCUGAUCCACCUUCACAAGGACCCUUAUUCCUUCUUCCCUGAGAACAGCUGGUACUGCAAUUCUGUCGAAGUGACAUCUCCGCACGGUGAGGUCUAUCGCUUCCCCUGUUACCAGUGGAUAGAAGGUUACUGCACCAAGUCCUUCAGAGAAGGAGCAGCCAAAACUCCAGCGGACGACACUCAUUAUCUCCAGCGGAGGCACCGCCGUGAGGAACUGGUGCUGAGUCAUACAAAAUAUGGUCUCUGCCUCACGGCAUUCUGUAGCAAUUUCUCAUUGGCAAACACCGUUCACAGGACUGCCUGUCCAUCGUUCAUUCGUUCUCCCUCUCUCUUAUCAAUUUAUCUACACAGGUGGAAGGAAUACAUCCCGGGAACUCCAUAUUGUGCCGAUAUCGAUACAGACAUGACGAUGGAGUACAAUAUCCAGUACUCUUUCCCCAAAACCACUGCCUUUUUCGGGCGUGGCACCCUCGCGCUGUUUGAGGCCAAAAUGAAGGGAUUCCUGGACAAACCUUACUCCUGGGAGAAGCUUGAGGACAUCCGCAAGGUCUUCUGGUUCUACCACACCCCUGAAACAGAGUAUGUGUUCAGGCACUGGAAAGAUGACGAUUUCUUCGGCUACCAGUAUCUGAACGGAAUCAACCCUGUGUUGAUCCGGAAAUGCACCAAAAUCCCAGAAAACUUCCCUGUGACCCAGGAGAUGGUGGCCGGGCCUUUGGGCGAAUACACUACCCUCAAGGAAGAGUUGGAGAAAGGAACCAUCUACCUAGCAGAUUACAAGUUGCUGGAGGGUGUUCCUACCAUCCUUGUGAACGGCAAAGAGCAAUACAUUGCUGCCCCUCUGUGUUUGCUUCACCAAAAGCCUUCUGGAGAAGUCCUUCCUUUAGCCAUCCAGUUGAGCCAGCGCCCAGGUCCCCAAAGUCCCAUUUUCUUACCCACCGACGAAGAGUGGAUCUGGACCUUAGCCAAGACCUGGGUGCGAAACUCCGAAUUCCACAUCCACGAGGUGAACACCCACCUGCUCCGUGGACACCUGAUGGCGGAAGUCUUUGCGGUGUCAACACUGAGGCAGCUGCCUAUGUGUCACCCCCUGUACAAGCUUUUGAUUCCUCACCUCCGUUAUUCCAUCCAUAUCAACGUGCUGGCCAGAACGUACCUUAUCAGCCAAGGCGGUACCUUUGACAAGGCCAUAGCAACCGGGCGCCGAGGGUUAGCUGUGCUUCUUAAAAAGUGCCUGGACAACCUGACCUACACGGAUCUGUGCCUCCCUGAGGACAUCGAGGCCCGAGGAGUCGGUUCGCUUGCCGAUUACUACUACAGGGACGACGGGCUUAAGAUAUGGGAUGCCAUUGAGAGCUUUGUCUCUGGCAUCGUGGAACUGUACUACAAAAGCAACUUGUCUGUCCAGAGAGAUUACGAGCUUCAGGCCUGGAUCUGUGACAUCUUCACAAAGGGCUUUCUGUCCAAGCGGUCGUCAGGCAUCCCUUCCUCCAUCCGCUCUGUUCCGGAACUCAUCAAGUUUCUGACCAUGGCGAUCUUCACCUGCUCAGCCCAUCACGCGGCCGUAAACAGUGGGCAGUUUGAAAUGGGUGCCUUCAUGCCCAACUUGCCAUCGUCCAUGAGGAAACCUCCGCCGGACGUUAAAGCCCCAGUGACGCUGAAGGAGUACCUGGACAUCAUCCCCGAGAUGAACACCACCAGCCAAGUCCUCGCCGUCAUCUGGGUCUUGCGGAACGAGAAUUUUGACAUGAGACCUCUGGGGCAAUAUGACGACGAGCACUUUGUCGAGGAGGAACCGAAGCAGCUCAUAACGGCUUUUCAAGAGCGCCUGGCGCACAUUUCCGAGGAAAUCAAGAGCAGGAACAAGUCGAUGAAGUUUCCUUACACCUACCUCUGCCCAGACAACAUAGAGAACAGCACGUGCAUAUAGAAAUCUGGUUUUG